AUGGGUAACAAUCCAAGCCAUCCUGCCACAUCACACACAAAGGGUGCCUCAUCCAUCUCAUCCAAACCUUUCCCUAUAACGUCGUCAACUGAUAAGAAUAAGCUGAAGAAACGAGUAACAGAACCCAGUAAUACGUAUACGACAAGUAAACCUAUGAAUAUAAUAAAACACGCCGCUACACCACCUGCAACACACGCUAACGAGAGCAAUACUCCUAUAAAGGACACGUUGUCUGAUAAUAAUAAUAAUAACAAUAAUAAUAAUAAUGAUAGGGAAAAAUCCAAUACGAGUAGUAAUAAUGACACCCUUACAAAGAAGAAAUCCACACUUUUGUUACAUGAAGAAGACGAGGAUGAAGCUGACCUUUCACCAUUUUCAUUAGACAAUCCGAUGAGUCAUGAUAGUAUGAGUUCCGUAAGUAAUAGUAAUAGUGAUAUUUCUGACUCUUCUGAUAUAAUUAGCUUAUCAUCGUCACAGAAGAAUGAAGGACAAACGAAAGCGGCUGGUUAUGAUAUUGAGGAUGAUGAUAUGCAAGUUUUGAAUAAGGAGGUUACUUCUAUUGAAGAAACAGUUAAGGAUCAAGAGACUACGUUAAAGACAUUGACUUCUAAGUCUGAUGAGAAUACAGUUGGUGGUGGUGAGAAUGAUGAAGGGAAAACAGCGGCAACAGCUCCAAAAAAGGAGGAAGAAGAAAAACCAAAGAUCAUGAUGUAUCCUGUGGAGAUUGAAUGGUUACAAGGUGGUGAUAAAGUGUAUGUUACAGGUUCAUUUACUGGAUGGAGAAAGAUGAUUAGUCUAAUUCCCGAUCCGGAAAAGCCUGGUACUUUACAUGUGAAAUUACAAUUACCUGAAGGUACACAUCGUUUCAGGUUUAUUGUUGAUAAUGAAUUAAGGUUUAGUGAUUAUUUACCUACUGCUACGGAUCAAACUGGUAACUUUGUUAAUUAUUUGGAAGUAAAAGCUCCAAUUCCACCGGCAUCUACUGCAAAUGCAAAAAUGAAUGAAAAUGAAGAUGAAAAUGCAAAUGUAAGGAGAAGGAGAGCCUCUAAGGAUAUUGAUGCGAAUUUACUUGCCAUGUCGUUAGAAGAUCAUAAAGAUGAAGGUGGACAUGCUAGAAGGAAAAGUGUAAGUAAAAGCAAGAAACGAAAGGAUUCCAUUUCACAUAGUGGAACAAUGGAAGCAAAAGAUGACGUAAAGAGCAAGAAAGAAAGAAGAAAGUCGAAAGUAAGUGGAACUGAUGAUGAACCAAUGAGUGCGCGUUCGAGGAUAGCGUUAGAGAUACGAAAUGAUCCGGAAGAUUUUGGAGAUGGAUAUUCUCGAUUCCAUGAACCGGGGGAAGAAUUAAAGAAGAAAUAUGAAUAUACUCAAGAUAUCCCUUCAGUCUUUACAGACCCUAAAGUGAUGGAAGAAUAUUAUUUAACAUUAGAUCGGAAGAAGAGUAGUGGUAAUUCUCAUUCUUUACAAUGGUUAACACCGCCACAAUUGCCGGCACAUUUAGAGAGUGUUAUAUUGAAUGAAGAUGGUGGUGGUAGUGGUAGUAGAAGUGGUAAAAGUAACGGUAGUAGUGGUGGUAGUAGUAAUACGAUAUCGGGGGUAGAGAAUAUAUCCGGGGCCUUACCUAUUCCGAAUCAUGUGGUAUUGAACCAUUUAGUGACCACUAGUAUUAAACAUAAUACACUGUGUGUGGCGUCUAUCAUCAGAUACAAACAUAAGUAUGCGACACAGAUCCUGUAUACUCCGUUACAAUAG